AUGGAAAGGCAGAAAGCUGUUUUGCAAGAAUUGAUGGCUGUUGUGAAAGAUAUGUUGCGUAACACAGAGGUCGCAAUUCGUUCUUUUAUGAUGUUGAGGCCAAGAUUUAUUCAUCCUAAUACUGGUGCUUCUUCAAGUGCCACUGCCACAUCACAGGCUUCAGGGGCAACUGUGGCUCCAAGUGCAGGCAAUCAGUCAGCAGCUACAUCUGCAGUGCCAGUUUUUGACUUUUAUAGUGGGAUUGCAAGGAAACCAUCUCCUUUUAUGCAGCAAACGGUUUCUAGAUUUGAGAAAUAUCUUGGUGAGUGCCGCCAGUGGAUUGAAGAGUUAGAGCAGUUACUUCUUGCAGAUUCUGACAGGAAUUAUUUGAACUCUAGUGCCUCAUUAUUACAAUCUCUUCCCAAAGUCAUGGCAAAUGUACAUGAUUUCUUUGUUCACGUGGCUGCAAAGGUGGAGAGCAUUCAUCAGUACAUGGAAUCCAUGAAAACAGCAUACCUUGCUGAUCAGUGCCGCCGGGGGGAUGUGAAUGAUCCCUUUCUAGAGGCUGAUCGACGAGAAACAGCCAAACAAGAAGCUGCUGCUCGAAGGGUACAUCCAACUUUGCAUUUGUCUGCAGUUCCACAGCCAUCAACUCAAGUUGCAGGGUUGUUUGCUAGCUCAGCAGCUGCAGGUGCAACAUCUGCGCCACACACUUCUGCAACAGUUGCUUCAGCUUCAUCAGGGAGUGGGUCUUUGCUUUUUGGUGCUCCAUCUGCUGCUGCAUCAUCAUCUUCUCUGUUCUCCACUCCAAGUACUUCUGCUUCAACAUCAUCCCUUUUUGGAGCAUCUGGUGCUUCACCACAGACACCACUUUUUGGCUCAACUCCAUCCUUUGGCGGCACUGGUGCAUUGUUCGGUUCAACCCCUGCUUCUGGGGUUUCUAACUUCACAACUCCAUUUGCUUCAGGAGAAAUCUAUGCUGAAAGCCAGGAAAACAAACUCCAAAAAUUUGAAUUGCUGUGUUUCUUUUUGUAG